UUUUCCCAAAUCUUCCCGAUUGCCUUUCCCCAAUCUCUCCUGUCUCUGGUUCUCCUCGACGCGCCGUCGAACACUCAUCCACAACCCGCAAAGGAUACGUAUAAACUUCCAUUAUUUCUGUCCUACAAACGUCACAAAAUCCGUUUCUCGCGCUUCAGGAAGAAGCUGAAACCUAAGAUUGAGAUGUCACAGUACCGGCCAAAGUAUUGGUUUCGAGAAUAUUUGGGGUAAAGCUCGGUUGUUGUUUUGUGUGUGAGUUUUUUGAUAAUGGAGUCUAGUGUUGUGGCGGGGAGCAGCAAUUUGGAGCCUCGGGAUGAUAUGGAGUUUGAUUCUCAUGAGGCAGCUUAUGAAUUUUAUAAAGAAUAUGCCAAAUCUGUGGGAUUUGGCACUGCCAAAUUGAGUAGUCGGCGCUCUAGGGCGUCUAAAGAGUUCAUUGAUGCUAAGUUUUCUUGCAUAAGAUAUGGUAAUAAACAGCAGUCUGAUGAUGCUAUUAACCCUAGGCCUUCCCCGAAGAUAGGGUGUAAGGCUAGCAUGCAUGUGAAGAGAAGGCAGAGUGGGAAGUGGUACAUUCAUAGUUUUGUGAAGGAGCACAAUCAUGAGCUUUUGCCGGCUCAGGUGCAUCUUUUUCGGAGCCACAGGAAUGGUGAUCCUCUCAAGAAUGACCCGAAAAUACGGAGGAAAAAGGCUCUGGCUGCUGUGUCGAAUCACUAUGGUACCUAUCAGUUUUCUAGUUCUUUGGAGAAUGUGUUUAGGAGUCAGCAUGAUAGGGGACGUAAUUUGGCUUUAGAAGAAGGAGAUGCUCAGAUGUUGCUCGAAUUUUUUGUGCAUAUGCAGGAAGAGAAUCCGGAAUUCUUUUAUGCCAUAGACUUGAACGAGGAGCAUCGGCUUAGGAAUGUGUUUUGGGUUGAUGCCAAAGGCAUGGAGGAUUAUGCCAACUUCGGUGAUGUGGUCUCGCUUGAUAUUUCAUAUUUCUCGAACAAGCAUAAGAUACCUUUGGUCUUCUUCAUUGGUGUAAACAAUCACAUUCAUCCAACAUUAAUGGGCUGUGCAUUGAUUGUAGAUGAAUCGGUGCAUACAUUUCUUUGGUUGCUUCGAACAUGGUGCUUGGCAAUGGGUGGACGAGGCCCAAGGGUGUUGCUCACUGACCAAAAUAAUGCCAUUAAAGCAGCCGUUUCAGCAGUUCUUCCCAACACUCAUCACUACUUUAAUUUGUGGUGUAUCUUGGAGAAGAUCCCAAGGUAUCUUGAUUACCUUAGUUUAUGGCAUGAUCCUUUCAUUGCAAAAUUCAGAAAAUGCAUACAUAUGUCAUGGACUGAAGAACAGUUUGAAAAGAGAUGGUGGAAAUUGAUUGACAGAUUUAAUCUUAGGGAAGAUGAAUGGAUACAGUCAUUGCAUGAAGAUCGAAAACGCUGGGUGCCUACUUUUAUAAGGGACGUCUCUUUUGCUGGCUUAUCUACUGCUUCAAGAGCUGAAAGUAUGAAUUCUUUACUUGAUAAGUAUAUCAAUGGUGAAACUUCUUUAAGAGAAUUUAUAGGGAAAUAUAAGCUAAUCUUGGAGGACCGCUAUGAGGAGGAAGCCAAAGCAAACUUUGAUGCAUGGCAUGAAACCGCUGAGUUGAAAUCUCCAUCUCCUUUUGAGAAACAGCUGUCUCUAAUAUAUACACAUGAAAUAUUUAAGAAAUUUCAAGUUGAAGUAUUGGGAGUAGCUGCAUGUCAUCUUAGAAAAGAAAAAGAUGACACAACAAUGACAUAUGCUGUUAAAGACAUUGAAAAUGAUCAGGAGUUCAUGGUCGAAUGGACUGAAUCAAAAUCGGAAAUAUUCUGCUCAUGCCAUUUAUUUGAAUAUAAAGGUUUUCUUUGUAGGCAUGCUAUUGUGGUUCUCCAAAUGUCUGGGGUCUUCAGAAUUCCAAUUAAAUAUAUCCUACAACGUUGGAGCAAUAUUGCUAAAAGCAGGCUUCCCAUUAGUGAAAGAUUGGAUGAGGUACAAGCUAAGGUUCGUUGUUACAAUGACCUAUGCCGGCGAGCCAUAAUAUUAGGCGAAGAAGGGUCACUAUCACAGGAGAGUUACAAUAUUGCUGUUAGCGCUAUUAAAGAAGCUAUCAGACAGUGUGCAGCUGCAAAUGGUCCUACUCAGACGGACUUAAGACCACCUGGCAUGCCUGCAACCCUUGCAAUCCAGGGUGUUGAAGAAGCAAAUCACAAAAGCACAGCUGUAGCUAGAGAGCAGGUGUCUAAUAUUAAAGUGACACAAACAAGUAGGGGGACAAAAAGAGUAGAUUCUGGGAAUGAAAAGGAAAGUAAUGAAAGCUGUGCUAAUGAAAAGGGGAAGGUGCCUUUGGAACCAGAAGUCGCAAAUCUCGGGACACAAGGAGUUUUUCAUCAAAUGGAUAUGCCUGGUAGCCUGGAUUAUCCAACCUACUACCCAAGGUUUCUUACAACAUUGCUGAGGGGUGGUGAGAUUAAUAAAAGGAAUGUGGAAUUGCUUGGUGAGAUGUUGGAGGAACAGAGUUGAAGCAUGCACAAUCAUGGAUCUUGAUCAAUCAAGGUUUUAGGGCCUUUCCUCUCCAGAAUAAAGAAGACAGAAGGAGUCUGCAAGUAAAUGGGGUCUAAGAGGAGAAAUUGUUGCCAACUUGGGUACUGAUUUCAGAUUUUUUUUCCCAACUGAUGUUACUCGGGAACUAACUAAUUUUUGUAUAGAAUAAUAGAAUGCUACUAAAUCAUAACCGAAGAACUUGUAGACUUGUCUUCCAGGCAGUAGCCAGUAAGGGUUGGAUCAUUGAUAUUCUAUUGACCCUACAGCAUUAUCAGCAGCCAAGCAUGUAAUGAUCUGGACUGUACUGCUAUUUUCUGCCAUAGUUCUGCAGAUGCGACAGCCUACCAAUCUAACUUUGCAUUUGCAUUGAAGUUGGCGUUUUAAGAAAUCUUAUGAACUCCAUUCUUAGUGCGUUACAGAGGUUCAUCCUAACUGAGUCUGAUGUCCUCCCCCAGAAGUUAUUUGUAUAUGCAGAUGGAUUGAGAAUUGAGAUGUGUUUGUUUGAUGCAUGUAGAUCUGCUGUGGUUUUGUUUUAUAUGCAAAACAGGUAAAGAAGAAUGCUAUGUUGUAAAUGGAGCUGUGCAAAGCUCUUGACAUUGUAAUCUCUUUGUCUUGCCUAUUGUUCUGUGAAUUUGACUGAUUACAGUUGUUAAUGAAUCAAUAUACUCACUAAACUUGUUUGGGGAAAAUAAAAGUUCUUUUGGUUCUGUUCUA